GCCCACAACGCCCCUAGUACUGGUGCUUUUGGUACGCUCCACUGUCAAAUUGAUUUCUCGCUGUUGCUCUCGUCUUUGUUGCUUUCACCGGUUUUGUUCUUAAAACGAGAAAAAAACAGCAUUUCAGUGGACUAUCGUUCUAAUCAUAUCACAACGUAAAUUCUUUAGAGAUGGAUGAAAGGCUCUAUGGAUCUUUGCCUCAUGCCCCCUCGGAAUACCUCCAACAAUGGGUUCAGUCAGCUCAGCAGCAUCUGCAGGCCCUUCAGGCUCAGUAUCCUCACAUGGCUAAUGGUAAUGCUGGUUUUAUGAUGGAGGGACACAGAGAAGAUGGAGGCAUGCAGCAGAUGCCUGUACACCCAGAGGAUGCCGCCCAACUGGAGCCUGCAGCUGCACAGAAAGCACCUGCUAAAGGAAAGCGAGGAAGGGCAGCGAGCAAGGAACCUAAACCCAAAGGCAAACCUGGACCCAAACCCAAAAAAGCCAAGGAGGAUAAGGAGGCCCCGCCAGCUGAAGGACAGGAGAAGAUUGACGAAACCUUCAAGAAAGUCAAGAGGAAAGUCGAUCGUUUUAAGGGCAUGUCGGAGGAGGAAGUCAUGAAGAAAACACUGCCUGACAUUCUUACCCCCAAUCUGGAUUAUGUCAUUAUCGGAAUUAAUCCAGGGUUGAUGGCGGCCUACAUUGGAAGAUGGUUUCCUGGACCAGGAAACCAUUUUUGGAAGUGUCUGUUCCUGUCUGGAUUCACAGAGAAGCUGCUAAAUCACAUGGAUGAUCAGAGUUUGCCUGAGAAAUACAGCAUCGGCUUCACAAAUAUGGUAGCGAGAGCGACACCGGGAAGCAAAGAUCUCUCUAGCAAGGAGCUUCGAGAAGGUGGUAAAAUCUUAGUGGAAAAGAUAAAGAAAUUCAAGCCGCUCAUAGCAGUUUUUAAUGGAAAAUGUAUAUAUGAAAUGUUCUGUAGGGAGAUUUUUGGGAAGAAGCCAAAAACACUUGAAUUUGGCCUACAGCCUCACAGGGUUCCUGACUCUGAGACGGCGUUGUACCUGAUGCCGUCCUCCAGUGCCCGCUGUGCUCAGUUUCCUCGUGCUCAGGACAAAGUGCAUUUUUACAUCAAGCUGAGAGAGCUCCGAGAUCAGCUGAAGGGGGUUGCAAAGCCCAAGGAGAUAGAAGAAGUCAACUACUCAUUUGAUCUCGGCUUGGCCAAAGAGGACGCUAAGAGGAUGGCCAUCAAGGAAGAGCAGUAUGAUCCUGGUUAUGAGACCGCUUUCGGAGGAGCGUACGGGGAACCCGUACCUGAAGGAGGCCAAAGCAAUGGAUACUGUAGCUUCUCCACAUCUGAGGAGAAAGCUGACACAGUGGAGAAGGCGCCUACGAAUCCAAACGCGGUUGGCCAGGUUCAGGACGGUCAGUGGAUGACGCAGUCUUUUGCCGAUCAGAUCCCAGACAUCGGCAGCUCCUCUCAAGCCCAAAGCUGGGGUGUAUGAGGAAGGACCGUUCUCAGGGACUUCAGACGAAGCCUGUCGGUUCCUGUGCUCUUCCAAAGAUGCUGUGCCUCUUAUCUUUUCUCAGUCGAUUCCAGGAGUCUUUGGGGCAUUGGUUUCUUUCUCCUGUGCGUUGCUGUGACAAGUCUGUUACGUUAUAAUUUCAGGACCGGUUUGAGGAAAUCACAGUAUCAUGGAAGGUGGCCCAACUUCACAAGCACAAGGAGAAUCCAAUGGCUGCUGUGCUUUUAAAGAAACUGUACCUCUGAACUUCAAUUUGGGGGCCUUUGAGAUCUCAAAUGCCUCUUUAUUAAAGAAAAGAACAGUUUUUACUAUGAAUUUCAAUUAGACCUUUUAGGAAUUAGCAUUUCUAUGGAACUGGAGAAUAUACUCAUCUUUUACUUUAAUGGUUUAGAGUCAAUGGCGUUAUUUUUGGUAGUUUAGUGUACGAGGUUCUGAGCACUGGUUUAUUGCAUUAUGCGAUAUCAGGGACUGAUACUUGAUUUGUUCAUAAGGAGCACACACUAUUAUUUCAUUUGAUAUUUUAGAUGGGAUGUAUUAUGUUUGCUUUUGUAGUAAUAUUUGAAGUGUAACUACCCAAAUCUUUUUAAAGAGCACAUUUUAAACAUAAUAUUGCAAAAUCUGUGAGGAUAACAUUUAAAUAAUGUUUUGUUACUAUCAUGAUGUGACAUAUAAGGUCUUUUUACAUGUUGGAAGGACUUCUAUGAACUUCUAUGGUGCCACUGCAAGACUGUACAUUGCAAAUAUCUUUAAAUGUGUUCCUUAUGAGGAAGCAUCAGCAUCACUGUUUAAAAAAAUGUA